AUGCCUCCUCGCGCGAAGGCCUCGGCGCCGACGCGCACCGCCCCUAAGCGGGCAAGCACCGGAGGGAAGCCGAAGAACCGCGCACCCUCCGUGUCCUCCGGGAGCGAGUACGGCGAGUAUGGUGUCAAGGUUACCCGUGGGCGUAGGGGAAUGCAAGAGGAGACAGAGGUGGACGAGGCCGUGUCCGAGGAAGAGCUCCUUCCCCGUUCCCUUGACCUCAUGCCGCUGGCGAAGAAGGCCCCGCCUAAGAAGGCCAAGAAGUCUCCAAACUCUCGUGCGCGUGACGAGGAAGACGAGGAUGCCUCCGGAAGCGAUAGUUUGCUCCCCCAGUCACUCGAGGAGGUCUCCAAGCCCCAGAAGAAGGCACCGAGGAAGCCGGGGAAGAAGGUGGGCGCAGGAAAGAGCGACCCUCCCUCCGACCCCCGCGCGCACACACACAGCACGAUCAAGGGCCUGUGUGGCACCAUCCGCGCCGACAUGACCAAGCUGGACGCGACGCAGAAGUCCUACUCGGCCAGGAUCGACAAGAUCCUCGAAGGUAUCACACCCGACCCCGUGCCCACGCGCGGCGUGAUCAAGCUGUUCGAGACGCGUACCGGCUUGUUCGAGCAGCUCGGCGCCCUCCUCAACAAAGACGAGUCUGUCGCGCAGUCGGACGCGUUUGACGCUGCCGUGUCCGAGGCGCACACGUACUUCACCGUCACGCGCCCGGCUGAGACUCAGGCGGCGGGUGCGGAGCUCCGCCGCGAGGUGGACGCGGUUAUUCGUGACACCGACGACGCGUUCAAUACGCAGAAGGCUGCCAAUACCAUGAUCAAGCGCCUCGGCGACGCCAUUGACAGCGUCAACCCUACCUUUUGA